CUAUGAUCUCUCGGUUCUCUUCCCUUAUAAAAAAUGAAAAACUCCAUGGAAGAAACUACCCAUGUCGCGUGCUCUUUAAUGUCAAGCACUCUAACCAUCUCUGAGGUAGCUCUCAGUCAAUCUCCCUUUCUAUCGCUAUCUUUAUAGCUCCAGAGGCCAAAAAUAAAUCCAAAAGUCACUAAAUUAAAGCCGAGAAAACCAUUACUACUGCUGCUUAUGCCUGUGAAAAUGUCUGAAGUAGGGCCUUGUUAUUAUUCAGUACUUGGAUUAUGUAAACAAGCUUCUGAUUCAGAGAUACGUGAUGCUUAUAGAAAACUCGCUUUGAAAUGGCAUCCAGACCGGUGGCUGAAAGACCAAGUAGCUGCUGGACAAGCCAAAAGGCAGUUUCAGCAAAUUCAAGAGGCUUAUUCAGUGCUAUCUGAUAAAGGAAAGAAGAGAAUUUACGAUGCUGGAAUGUUGGGUUUUCUUGGAGACGACGAUGAUAAAGGGUUCUGUGAUUUCAUGCAAGAAAUGGUAUUGAUGAUGGAAAACGUGAGAUCAAAGGAGGAGGGUAGCACUCUGGAGGAUCUUCAAGCUCUGUUAAUGGGGAUGAUGACAGAGGAUGAAAGGGUGAAAUCUGGGCUCAACUGGGACAAUUUUCAACGUGCUAGAAAAAGGACACGAUUGGCUGGUUCAUGAUUCUCCCCUGCUUCAUUUGAUUCAUGGAGUAUUACGAGUAGCAAGUUUAUUUGCUUUUUGGCAACUAUCCAGUACUAUAGUUCAUUUUUCCACCUUAGUUUUCAGGUUGCCCGCUUUUGGAUGUUCAUGAUCUUCCUUCCAGUUCUCCAGUCUCAAAUUUCUGCACCAUCAACGAAUGUACCAUAAAAAAUUUUAGAAAUAAAAAAUUAUUAUUAUUUUAA